UGGCGGAAGCUGUAUGUGAGAAACAGCUGACUUUUAUAUUUAAUUUUUAACAAGAUUGUAAUAGAUUGUUUCCAAACAUGUCUAUUCAGGCACGCGAUGAUGAUGGAUCUGAUGAAGUUAUUAUUGAAGACGAGGAACAGAUUCAGUUUUUGACCAAGUCUAGGUUGACACCGCAACAUGUCAAAGGGUCGUCGUGGUUUUCUUCAGCAUUUCUGGUGGUGAAUGCAGCUCUCGGUGCCGGGCUCCUCAACUUCCCAGCAGCCUAUGACUUGGCAGGCGGGGUGGUUGUGGCUGUCACCAUACAAACAAUUUUUCUUGUGUUUAUUGUGGCAGCCAUCAUGAUCCUAGCUUACUGUUCGGACAUCAAGCAAUCGACUACAUACCAGGAUGUGGUGUAUUCGGUGUGCGGCAAGUGGGCGCAUACGGCCAGUGCUGUCACGUUGCUGAUCUACUGCUACGGAACCUGCAUCACGUUCCUCAUCAUCAUCGGGGACCAGUGGGAGGAGUUUUUCCUCUUUGUGGAUAAGACAAAGUUUUGUAAUGACCCUCCUAUCUACAUGGACCGUUCCUUCACUAUCGUGGUUUCAUCUCUCAUACUCAUACUGCCCAUGUGCUUUCCAAAGAGAAUAGAUUUUCUCAAAUAUGCUAGUUUUGUUGGUGUGAUAGGCAUCCUGUAUGUAGUUUUGUUAGUAACAGUCAAGUAUUUCAGCCCACACCCCACACCAAAACUGAUAAAAACCAAGCCAGAUUCCUGGAUGGAUAUAUUUCUUGUUGUACCAGCAAUAUGCUUUGCUUAUCAGUGCCAUGUUAGCAUCAUUCCAAUUUACUCCUGUAUGGAGAAGCGUAACAUCAAAGAGUUCUCAAAGACGGUUGCCUUGGCGAUGGUUCUGUGUGUGUUCAGCUACACGGGCACGGCGGCGCUGGGCUACCUCCAGUUUGGUCAUGGCAUCGCCAGCGACAUCCUCCUGUCCUUCGACCCAGACCCAGAGGUGCUGGUUGCAGUUGUCCUGAUCGCAAUCAAAACAUACACAACAUAUCCCAUACUGCUCUUCUGUGGAAGAGCUGCCUUUGAUUCGGUGUACCUGACUCUGAGAAAGAUCCCUCCAGAGGUCGCUGAGAGUCACGAACGUCCACGUCGCAUUAUUACCACCACCAUCUGGUUUGCAACGACACUGGUUCUCGCUGUCUUCAUUCCAAACAUCGGCGUCGUCAUUCAGAUCCUGGGAGCCUUCGCGGCAAUAUUUAUCUUCAUCUAUCCAGGAAUGUGCCUGUUGAAGAUAUGCUUAGACAGACUUGACGUCCAGUACUCACGGAGAUUGAAGGGUCUGGCCAUAUUUUCUCUGGUCUUCAUUGUACUGGGGUCUUUUAUCUUUGGUCUGACGCUGAGCCAGGCUCUGAUUCAAGACAUUGGCACGGGUGGAGUCAAACCGGACAAGUCCGGCUACACGUGUGGCAGCUGAUAUAGCCACGGUUUAUAGUUUGUUUGGCUGAUUGAAACUUGAAUGUGAUUACAGAGUUUCUGACCGAAGUUCCAAGAUUGCUCAUAAAUUUCAUAUCAAACUUGAACCCUCAACAGCAUGUAGAAAAGUCAAAAUGCACAUUAGUCAUUAUGAAAAGAUAACACCUGGAGGUUGUAUGGAUGGUUUUGUCAAAGAAUGUUUUAGAAAAACGGCUACAAGCAUGGUAUGUAGCAUGAAAAAAGAUGACAAUGGCUGGUGGUAGAAGAACACUCAAAUUUUGUAUGAGGAGGUGGGAUUGUAGCGUUGGUCAUUUCCCUCCCACCGUAUUGUGUAUUUUCUAAACAAGCCAUCUCAUAGUGAGUGAAACCAGGGCCCGUGCUUAUAAAACAUUAAAGAGUCCAGACUCAAUCUCUAAUGAUGUCACACCCAUACAAUUUGUAUGGCAUUGUCAUGAUAUUACUGUCUCAGACUCCAUUAGAGUCUCGAGUCUAGACUCUAAACGUUUUAUAAGCACCAGGCCAGGUAAUGCUAAUCAGACUGUGAUGCUCGCUUGUAGAUGUGAUCAAUGCAUUCAUUUAGUAUUUGCUAUCUUGUAUUUUUAUGAUUCGCCACUUGCAGGCAAGUUGUGUUAGCUUCAACACAGUUUAUAAUGAUAGAAUUAAUCUAUGCAAUGCAGAGACUCAGAUGUGAUUGGAGAUACUGUGAUAAUGUUUAGUUUUAACUAUUGUUCAGUGACUAUUCUGUUCCAGGUACCUGCUGUUUGUGUAAUAUUUUUGUAAUUUGUUAAGAAAUGUCACGUAAAUGGUUUUCUUUGAUCAAUAUGUUUAUCAGUAUACAAGUUGUCCUAUAUAUUUUCUUUAUUGUGUUAGGAGCCUCCUUCAAGGUACUGUCAACACUGUGUUAAAUAAUAUACAUGUAUUAUCAUGAUAUAUAUAUAUAUUUAUAUCUUGAUACAGGUUACCCAUAUUGCAAUGUAUUGAGAUAAAAAAGUCUCAUAAUACUGAUCUCCAGUAUAUAACUAUAAGCUAGUAGAGCAUAACAGCUUCUACUGUAGAAAAAUUACAUGUUAAACUGAGGCAAAAUUAACAAACAUAACGUAUUAUCUAUUAGCAGUACUUGUGUUUGGUACCGUAUCUGUUUCAUACAGAAAAUUACAUAAUGAGAGAAUAUGGAUCAAGGUAAAAUGAAAUAAAAUUAUUUAUGUAUGUAUUUUUGAUAAAGAUAAUUAUGAGGAUUGUUUUUCAAUUGUGGAUUCUGCAGCCUAGUUUUUCACAUAAACAUAAUUUUACAACUGAAAAACUAUUGUUAUAACGACAAAACAGUACAUUCAAUACAGCUCCAAAUGUACAUAAAUCACUUUCUUUUGUCACUAGAAUGACUCAUUAUCCAUAUAAACAUAAUGUUCUGUGUGAAAUUGAUAUAGGAUAAUAAACGAGUUACCAAUUAUUAUCAAAUUUAUGUCCCGAGUGAAAUAAAUUUCACUUGUCACGAGCUUUAGCAAGUGACAAGUGAAAAUUAUUUCACGAGGGACAUAA